AUGAACUCCCCUGCUACAGUUAGAUUCAAUGACCCUCCAGUCACUGAAUAUAACUCAAUGGAUGUGGAUGAAUCAACCGUGUCCCGGAUGUCAACAGAUCAAUUAAAUCUUGGGCCGGCUGAUGACCCAGAAUCAUGUUCUGUGUCAUCCAAUGGUCCAGAGGUCUUUUCUCAAAUUUCCAAUCAUUCACCUCCGGCUCAAUGUGAUCAACCAGGCCUCCUGGUUUACCCAGACCUAUACCUCGGGCUUGAGGAUGACCUGAUGGCUGGGAUGCAUGAUCAGUCACUUCCGGCCCAACCUGAUAUGCCGGGUCUAGCCAUCCACCCGGAUCUCUACCUUGGGCCUGAUGAAGAUAUUAUGACUGAGAUCCCGGAUCCAUCACCUCUGGCCCAACCUUAUCACCCAGAUGUACCCAUCCACCCUGACCUGUACCUCAGGCCUGAUGAAGAUUUUAUGCCAGAAUUCCCCGUUCAAUUCAUUCAAGAACGGGUCCAGGAUUACAAACAGCGACAUGGACAUAUUCCCGACCCAUCCAUCCAACAACUACUCGAGGCUGAGAGACCAUUCUGA